AGGGGUUACUGGAUGACUGAACAAGGGGAGGGGGAAGAGGGGAGGGGUUACUGGAUGACUGAACAAGGGGAGGGGGAAGAGGGGAGGGGGUUACUGGACGUGUCCCCGUGUAACCUGUCCUCAUCACAGCCCCAGUGUACCCUGCCCUGUCCUCAUCACAGCCCCAGUGUACCCUGUCCUGUCCUCAUCACAGCCCCAGUCUACCCUGUCCUGUCCUCAUCACAGCCCCAGUCUACCCUGUCCUGUCCUCAUCACAGCCCCAGUCUACCCUGUCCUGUCCUCAUCACAGCCCCAGUGUACCCUGUCCUGUCCUCAUCACAGCCCCAGUGUACCCUGUCCUGUCCUCAUCACAGCCCCAGUCUACCCUGUCCUGUCCUCAUCACAGCCCCAGUCUACCCUGUCCUGUCCUCAUCACAGCCCCAGUCUACCCUGUCCUGUCCAGAUCACAGCCCCAGUCUACCCUGUCCUGUCCUCAUUACAGCCCCAGUCUACCCUGUCCUGUCCUCAUUACAGCCCCAGUCUACCCUGUCCUGUCCUCAUUACAGCCCCAGUCUACCCUGUCCUGUCUUGUCAUCACAGCCCCAGUCUACCCUGUCCUGUCUUGUCAUCACAGCCCCAGCCUACCCUGUCCUGUCUUGUCAUCACAGCCCCAGUCUACCCUGUCCUGUCUUGUCGUCACAGCCCCAGUCUACCCUGUCCUGUCUUGUCGUCACAGCCCCAGUCUACCCUGUCCUGUCUUGUCAUCACAGCCCCAGCCUACCCUGUCCUGUCUUGUCAUCACAGCCCCAGUCUACCCUGUCCUGUCUUGUCGUCACAGCCCCAGUCUACCCUGUCCUGUCUUGUCGUCACAGCCCCAGUGUACCCUGCCCUGUCCUCGUCACAGCCCCAGUGUACCCUGCCCUGUCCUCGUCACAGCCCCAGUGUACCCUGCCCUGUCCUCGUCACAGCCCCAGUGUACCCUGCCCUGUCCUCGUCACAGCCCCAGUGUACCCUGCUCUGUCCUCGUCACAGCCCCAGUGUACCCUGCUCUGUCCUCGUCACAGCCCCAGUGUACCCUGCUCUGUCCUCGUCACAGCCCCAGUGUACCCUGCCCUGUCCUCGUCACAGCCCCAGUGUACCCUGCCCUGUCCUCGUCACAGCCCCAGUGUACCCUGCCCUGUCCUCGUCACAGCCCCAGUCUACCCUGCCCUGUCCUCGUCACAGCCCCAGUGUACCCUGCCCUGUCCUCGUCACAGCCCCAGUGUACCCUGCCCUGUCCUCGUCACAGCCCCAGUGUACCCUGCCCUGUCCUCGUCACAGCCCCAGUGUACCCUGCCCUGUCCUCGUCACAGCCCCAGUGUACCCUGCUCUGUCCUCGUCACAGCCCCAGUGUACCCUGCCCUGUCCUCGUCACAGCCCCAGUGUACCCUGCCCUGUCCUCGUCACAGCCCCAGUGUACCCUGCUCUGUCCUCGUCACAGGCUGGUUUUCUAGACCUUUCCCCAACAUGGUGCCACUAGCCCUGAUCCCAACACCACUAACCUCAACCCUGGCUGGGAGCAGUAGCAGUGUGUAUAUAUGGUUCUCAUCAGAGACAUGAUUCUAUUCUAGAAUAGAAGUGAUUAUAUUUCUAUGGUUCUCAUGCUCCUUCAUCACCGUGUUACCCUGAACCCCUUUCCUUGUGCAAUGCAUUGGUAGAGCAGCAGUGGCCUUUUACUGAUAUUUCUGAGAGGGAGAGAUGGUGGGGGAGAGAUGGUGGGGGAGAGGGAGAGAUGGUGGGGGAGGGAGAGAGAUGGUGGGGGAGGGAGAGAGAUGGUGGGGGAGGGAUGAAUGGAUGGAUUUAGUCCGUCACCCUGCCACAACAGUCAGUUGAGAACUAUCUGCUUGUGGAUUGGACUGUUCUGAUUGGACUGUUCUGAUUGGACUAGACUGUUCUGUACUGUUCCAUGUAUCCUGCACUCUAGAGCUUUCAUUCCUACUGGAAUCUUAACGGUUUGUUUGUAAACAUUGACAUUGUUUUUAACAUUAUUUGUUUUGUUUUGUUACCAUUGCCCAUGUGUUUUGUUACCAUUGCCCAUGUGUUUUGUUACCAUUGCCCAUGUGUUUUGUUACCAUUGCCCAUGUGUUUUGUUACCAUUGACCAUGUGUUUUGUUACCAUUGACCAUGUGUUUUGUUACCAUUGCCCAUGUGUUUUGUUACCAUUGACCAUGUGUUUUGUUACCAUUGCCCAUGUGUUUUGUUACCAUUGCCCAUGUGUUUUGUUACCAUUGACCAUGUGUUUUGUUACCAUUGCCCAUGUGUUUUGUUACCAUUGACCAUGUGUUUUGUUACCAUUGACCAUGUGUUUUGUUACCAUUGCCCAUGUGUUUUGUUACCAUUGCCCAUGUGUUUUGUUACCAUUGCCCAUGUGUUUUGUUACCAUUGCCCAUGUGUUUUGUUACCAUUGCCCAUGUGUUUUGUUACCAUUGCCCAUGUGUUUUGUUACCAUUGCCCAUGUGUUUUGUUACCAUUGACCAUGUGUUUUGUUACCAUUGACCAUGUGUUUUGUUACCAUUGACCAUGUGUUUUGUUACCAUUGCCCAUGUGUUUUGUUACCAUUGCCCAUGUGUUGUUUUGAACAGACAAUGCUUUUUGCCACCUGCACAUGAAUCUGAAAUCUGAGAGCCAGCCGUAUCAUCCGCCACCAGAUGAAUGUUAGCUUAGGGUCACAUUCACUAUGAAACCAAAUGGACGGAAACAGAGCACAACGGGGACGAACAUACCUGAAUUUGUCCAAAAAGAAACUCGUUUUUAUUGCAAACUGUAUACUGUUUUGGGGUGAAUGGUUUCUGUUGCAAAACAUUUUGCUACAGUGUGACUAAUGAAUACACCCCAGAUAACGUACAUUGCUAACUCUUGGUCAUUUUAACCGUAUGAUUUCAGUGGAGAUGUGCUGUCUGAGCUUUUCAAACUGACCAGAGAACCCUGUAAAAGGGUUGUUUCUCCAAAGUGAAUUAGCUACAGUAAUUAACAGCGGGUGAGUUUCCUAAAAGCUUCAUAUAACACUAAGAUCAGUCCAUUGAUGGGAUACGUUAAUCCCAUUGGAGGCAAUGUGUGAAAUAUGUACAACAGUACAAAGCUAUUGUAUAUCUCACCCCACCAUUGGCAGAGUUCUGUUUUUAACUCCUGUUAUAAACUCGAUUCCUGGAGGGACGUGUGUACUGGUUUUUGUUAUUUUCUUUCAAGUUAACCAGGUGAAGGGAGUUACUAACUAAUCAAUAACCUUAAUUGAUCGAUCACGUACAAAAGAGGAGUGAACCUGAAGACACUCGGCCCUCUGGGAUUGAGACCACCUUUAGAUCAACUGGCAGACAGUGGAUAUUACAAGUAACUACUCCUAAUGAGGGAAACAAAGCAGGUGCUUCCAUACAGGUGUGGCUCCUGAAUUAAUUAAGCAAUUAACAUCUCAUGCUUAGGGUCAUGUAUAAAAAUGCUGUGCGGGCUGUUACUAUGGCUACCAUGGCUAUGACCCCAUAGGAUCACAAUGUCCCCAUCCACAGGGUACGAGUGGUCACUGAUUGAUCGGAUGAGCAUGUAAACCAGAUCUCAACCUCUAUUGAUCAAUUAUGUGAGUUUUCUGGAGCGUCGCCUGAGACAGUGUUAUUCCACCACCAUCAACAAAACACCAAAUGAUGGAAUUUCUGGUGGAAGAAUGGUGUCGUAUCCCUCCAAUAGAGUUCCAGACACUAGAAUCUAUGCCAAGUUGCAUUGAAGCUGUUCUGGUGGCCCAACGCCUUAUUAAGGCACUUUGUAGGUAUUUCCUUUUAUUUUGACAGUUACCUGUAAGUGAGUGGGUACCGUAUGGGCUCCAUAGAGAGAACAGUUGAUAUAGUCUAUGAUAGACCUGACAGUACCAUGUGUUGUUUAGAGAUAAGAGAAUACUGUGGUUUACCGACCUGCCAACAAGUUUAGAAACCCUCUCAGCUUAGCUACUACUUCGUAAAGAUAAAACUUGUCAACAUUUUAUCUCUACCUAUUAUUACUUACUCUAAGAUGGCUGCCUCUUAGUAGUGUUAAAGAAAUAUGUGCUUUUAAAAGACUGGUUGACCCUUUUCACAUUUCUGAUUCAAGCAGAGCAAAGCAGCGAUGUACUGCUCUGGCCAGGUUUGGCAUCCACUGUAGUUGCUGGAACCGUGCUGGAAAAGGACAAUGUUAAAGGCAAAUAUCUAAGCCAGCACAGUUUGGUUUGGUUCGGGCCCUAUAGUGUGAAAAGCGUAUUUAAUCUGGCUGGUGUUAUAUAUAUUGAAUUCUGCUGCUCCUGAGUUGAAGUUCUGCUAGACUCUAGCCCUAACUCUGUGCUGGGUUUGUUGUUCUUGAAGAAAAGAGGUUAAAGGAAAAAAAUGCAAUUGUAUUUAUAUUUUGUUUUUAUGUUCUUACAGUGUAACACUAUGACAAGGAUGAUAUGUUUGGAAAUUAACAUUAUGCUUUUAUUGUGAAAUCAAUCAACGGUUCUUGAUUUGUUUCUUUUGUGUUCUCCAAUUGUUUUUUAUUCCAUUGUUUGUUAUCCCCUUCUCAUGAAGAACAGUUUCCAUGUGUGUUUUUGAGAUGACAAGAUAGUGUAUUGUGUGAAAGCAAAGCACCCCUCUAUUGCAAGUGGAUUGUCCUGUUAUGUACUUUCCUGUAGUAGCACCUCCCAACCUGAAGGGGUGCUGUGGUACACGUCCUGUAUGCUAGAACGUUCUAGCAGUAUUCAAGUAAAACAAAAUUACAACUUUAUGUGAUCGACUGGUGUUUUGAACCAAUUCAGGCCAAUGCCAGAUAAGUUGGUCCAUCUUUAGCCCAGUGGGCCUGACUAAAUUGGGGGUCAUUGCGGAGAAUGAUUAUUUGGCUCAUAAUGGGAGGAAUCAGGCGGGGGGAAAAAUGGGCCAGUGUGUUAGAAAUGCCAGGGCUGAUUGCUUUUCCCAGUCUGCCCCUGUGAAGGGGUUGUUUGUGCCAUGUCAGGGUAAAGGUUCAGACAUAGCUACACUUCCCUCCAUGUCUCCUAUCCCCAGUAAAUAACUUUCAAUAUAGCUCUUUCAAAAUAAGACUGAAUGGUGUUGUAUCAAUCUAUCUCCAAUAGUUAUCUUCUGAAUUACUAUUUUGCCCAUUUCAGAAUUUAGUGCCUUUUUUGGACAGUAGACUGUUCUGUCAUUUAAAUGUUUUUGUACAGUUUCUUUGUUGGAAUUUUUUUUUUUUACUUGUGUUUAUUUUUAGUAUGAUAUAUAUAAAUAUAUAUAUACACACACACGAGAAUAAAGCUAUAUCAAUGUGA